GCCUAACUGUUCCUCUUACCAAAACCGUGUGUAGAAGUGGAACCAACGCUGAAUACAUCCCCUUCUUUAAUUGAUCCCUCAGAUUGUUUUCCCGAACUAUCGCAUACCUCCUUUGGCUUCCUUCCGUAUUGCCAAUCCUCCGUACCAAAAGCACGAUGGGCGUGGAUAUUGAGAAUAUGAAGGACGGCGAUGGCUCGACCUUCCCGAAAUCUGGCCAAAAGGUGACCUGCCACUACACGUUGACUUUGACCAACGGCAAGAAGAUCGACUCUUCUCGGGAUCGCGGAGACCCAUUCAAGUUCAACAUUGGAAAAGGAGAGGUAAUUGCCGGAUGGGAGCAAGGCUUGGCCAAGAUGUCGGUGGGUCAGCGGGCCAAGUUGACCAUUUCCCCGGAUCUGGGUUACGGCGCCAAGGGCGUCCCCGGGUGCAUCCCGCCCAAUUCUACCCUGGUAUUCGAUGUAGAGCUCAUCCGAGUCAAUUAAUUGGAUUCAUCCACUCGUCGAAUCCGGGGCGGAUCCACGAUUGUUACGAGCGAGAGCCCACCAUAACACACCUCAUCUGCACCCCAUGACAACAAAUACUACUCACUCUGGCCCCUUCCCCUACCCCCCUACCCUUAUUCACCCUCGAAUCAAACUGCCCACAGCAUGAAAUAACGUCUCUUUUUAGUCCUAAUCCCGCUUUCCUUUCCCCUUUCGUUGGAACUGAAUGUCCGGCUAGAAUUUUAUCUUGGUUCGAGUUAUUUUUCGUACCCUUGUGUGAUUCCAUCACGCCGUGGAAUCCCUCUCUCUCUCUUUUUUUCUGCUUUUUCCAUUUCCUCAUCUCUCUCUCCCGCUUGAUUAAUUACCGAUCACCCUGCAUUACUUGGAAUAAUAAACUAAUCAUCCGUUCGUAUCCGUUUUUCGGAGUCGAGGGAUGUUGUCUAAAAUCA